GACUCGGGUAAAAUAAUAUCGCAGCACUCUGCACUGCCUUCAGUCUCACGGCUCCGUCUUGCGCCCGGCAACCCUGUGCUUGAGGAUAACUUGACAAGAAACUCAUCUGGAGCGAGAGGACAGAUCCGCUUCUACCAGAGAAACCUUGUUUUUUUUGUGCGUGGGGGGUGUUUCAACGAGGAUAAAGUUGCACUUCCACGCAGGAAAGGGACACUGCUUCAGCUUGACUUUGACUGUAGAUAUUCGGGUUUGAAGGAUACAGAAAUACUUUUUCUCCAGCACAGUCUAGGGGGUCUGAAGAACUGUCUGGCAAAGUUAGGCUGUUUUUUUAAAUAUACAUAUUUAAGAGAAACAAACCGAACAAGCAGCCAACUGGAUUGUUCAACUUCUUGCGCAUGUAUUUGCGGAUUAUCCCCGAAAGAUUGUGGCUGGUCAUAAAUGUAUUACUCGCCUUCUGAUUGAAGUUGUCAAAGUGAGAGCUCAAGUACUUUGCGUUGUUGAUGUUGUCUGAACAGACCGUGUAGAUAGGGACGCGGAUAAAAGAAAAGUUAGGAAGUUUGUUUUUUUUGCUGAAGUCAACGAAAAAACCGCGAUGUUCCUCAGUCUGACUCAUUCUGUGCAGAUGAUCGAGUAAAAAGUCAUCAGACUUGAUUGUUCCUGUUCGCGGGGCUCUCUCCUUCUCUCUCUCUCUUUCUGCACUCACACCUUGGGUGCUUGCGCCUCCAUCCCCUGCGCUCACCCACAGCAGACUCUAAAGACCCUCAGCGUCCAAAGGAAAAAAAGAAAAGAAAAGAAAAUCAGCUUUCCUCCUAACAGCUCUACUCCUCCGAUACGACCAGGUGGCACUGACCCAAGCUGUUGUGAUGCAUAUUCCCGUAGAGCCGCCCACCACCAGACGGUUCACGCCGCCCUCAACGUCCUUCCCCUGCAGUAAGAUUGGAGACGGCAACGGGGCCAUGGCAACCCCCGGGCCCCUCAGGUCAAGACCAGACACCAGGAACGUGGUGGACGUCUUAGCGGACCAUGCCGGUGAAUUAGUCCGGACCGACAGCCCCAACUUCCUGUGCUCCGUCCUCCCAUCUCACUGGAGAUGCAACAAGACGCUGCCUGUGGCUUUUAAGGUCAGUCACAUAUCACUUCUGAUGGUCUUUAUCAUUUAGACGAUUGUAUUUUAGUGGAGCCUAGUGGUGUUGUGCUCUGUAUGAAGAAACACGCUGACGGAAGACUUCAAAUACAUCCAAACCAACUUGCUUUAAUAACUUUAAUUUUAUUACAUCUAUCCACAAAAGAGACAGACCAUUUGCCAUUGAGUUUCCAUAUGUGGUUUUAAUGUAAGAUGUUUUGUUUCAAAAUCAUCCAUGCUCCACAUUUUUAUUUAAAAAGAUGAAGAAUCAGCACAUCUUUUAUUUUUUUUAUUCUAUUUUAUUAUUUUACAGAGAAAUGGUCUUGCAAGACUUGGCGCAACAGAUCCAAAAUGAAUUCAUACGAUUGCAUUUCUCAAAAUUAUGAGAUUGAUUCUGUGUGUGUGUGUGUGUGUGUGUGUGUGUGUGUGUGUGUGUGUGUGUGUGUGUGUGUGUGUGUGUGUGUGUGUGUGUGUGUGUGUGUGUUUCAGCAUUAAACCUUGUAUCAUUUGGGUUUAGUCUUGGAUUUUUUCCGAGAACAGCACAAGGGCGCCAGUCUAGUUUCUUUUUUAAUAUUAGAUUAUUUUGUUUGCAUUUCCAAAUUUCAUUAGUCUGGUUGCUGUCUACCAAAUAAAAUUUCCGGGGAUUAUCAUUCACAGUCAGACUAGUCUUUUUUGUUGUUGUUGUUGUUGUUGUUGUUGUUGUUGUUGUUGAGAGGCAGGUGGGAUUAUUUGCGUUUGAUAUUAUGGGAGCCGGAUGCGGUUCGCCGCGCGCAGUGUGUGCGUUUUGAUUUGGUGACCUGGACUGACCGCCCGGUUUCUCCUGUGCAGGUCGUGGCCCUCGGUGACGUACCCGACGGGACUCUGGUCACCGUAAUGGCCGGGAACGAUGAGAACUACUCGGCAGAGCUUAGGAACGCCUCCGCUGUUAUGAAGAACCAGGUGGCACGCUUCAACGACCUGCGCUUCGUGGGCAGAAGCGGACGAGGUACGCUUUUUUUUUCCUCCUCUCUAUCCCUCCUUCGCGCACACUUUCACUCACACACACACACACGAAGGCCUGCAAACAGAAUGGGUAGAUUGGGUAGGACGUCUCGUCAUUACAUUUCCAGCAACAUUUGGAGACGCGCUUAAUAAUUUCUCGGAUCAUAUUUCUGCGUCUGAAUGGAGACACGACAGACAGCUGACAGCGUGUUAUUAUUCCACAGAAGACGUGAAAAAAAGGAGUUAGGAGUUACACAGACGCUCACAUAGGAAACGCUGAUACCUUAAAAUAGAGCUUACAGUUUUGAGAAUAUUUUCCUGCCAGUUCGGCCUCGUCUCUGUUGCCCAUUACACCGAGAAAAACUGAAAAUGUGGAAUCACUUAGGUAUGUGUAUGCCGAGUGCCCACAUUCUGCCAACUGACGUCCACGGGUGUCAUCCGAAACAUCUGGCCUGCGUCACGGUGAACGAUUGCGAUGUGACUAUAAUUUUCUUAAUCCGAGGGAUGAAUGAAAAAAAAAAAAACACACCCCACUCCUGUCAAAUAAUCCUCACCACAAAAGCUUCCAGCCUUUUCUUCGCGGAUUAUGGUUUUAAUUGUUGUCAUCAUAGCUGAAAUAAAAAUAAAAAAUCAGAAAUAAACGGACCUGUAAUCUUCAGGACGGGAUGAUGUGGUGAAUGCGCCGUACUGGCUGAAUUAAAACGUCUCUAAUUUUAGUAAUAAAUGAUGACAUGUCUCAGAUCAAAAUAAUUUGAAGAUCUUAAUAAAAAAAAACAUUUUGAAUUGUUUAAUUUUAUCAUAAAAUGUAAAAAAGCUCUGACUGGAUCAGCUUUAACGUUCAUUGGCUUAUAGUCUCCAAAUGAAAAAGAGUAGUUUUGACUCUUCAUUAAAGUCAACAUUUACCACAUCUGAUUACUCUUUCUCUUUCCUUUUUGAUGUGAGUGGAUUUUCUUUUUUUUUUUUUUGUUGGAGCCUCUGCAGAGACAGCUUUCGUCCCUCUGAGGACUUUGAUGCAGAUUUGGAGGAAGAUCCUCCCCUUGUUGAACAGUAAACUGUCGCUGUGAGCUCUUUUUUUGGGGCAAUCUGGAACAGAUUCGCUCAAUAAUCUGAAUCAUACCCGCAGUCAGGCCAUCAAAAGAGGUGGUCUCUGUCUUCUUUUUCUUAAUUCGAAGACUUCAGCAGGAGAAACCCGGCGAUGAUUUAAAGCUGAACAAACGCAGUUUUGUUGGAAACAAGAAACAAAGAGUUUACAGAUAAUUGAAAAAGGCCAUUUAUGACGUGAAACGAAACUUCUCCAUAAAUCUUUUGGUGUGUUUGUGCUCUGCAGGAAAGAGUUUCACCCUGACCAUCACUGUGUUCACUGGACCGCCUCAAGUGGCGACCUACCACCGCGCCAUUAAAGUCACCGUGGACGGUCCCCGGGAACCGCGCAGUGAGUAGACGGACGCGCACCCACACACUCACCAAAACCACUUCAGUUGAUGCCGCAGUGCAUUUUGUGGUGAUGUGAAUUUUGGUUAGAAGUGUCUCAUCUUUGAUUUGAUAUUAGUCGGUAUGGGUGCCAGUCUGAACCCGAGUAAGAAACUCAAGCGUUCAUGUUUGCGCGUCUGUUUCCUGUAGUUGUAAGGAUUGAAAUUAAAGACUAAAACUAGGCAAACUGUUGGCUUGGCAAUGUCGUACUCAACACAAGUAAAGUGAUGCGCUUUGUGGGUGUAUGUAAGUUUUAGUGUGCGUGUAUGUGUGUGUUCAGCAAGGGCGCAGGAAAGUGCCCAGUCAGAGGGAACUGUAAAGCAUAUUGAGGCAUAACCCAAGACCACUAAGAGGGGCUGAGUGAGUCUCCAAGCCGCAGGUGGCUCAGCUCAGUCCCCCUUCUCAUCCUCCCCCUCUCACCCCUGUUGGUCAGAGGGGCUGCACCUGACUGACCACAUAAGUGGCUCGUUGAUUUAAUGCAGGGCAGACCCCGGCUGCUGUUAGGCCUGGCAAGGAGGCUCAGCGUGCUAAAGCUGUUAGCACCAGUGUUUUCAUGUGGUUUUAAAGCUGCUGGUGUGAGGAAUGGUGAGGAGUGGUAAUGCCCGGAUGGGUCAGGGCUGGUGGCGUUUGUGUAUGCAUGCAUGCAUGACUCAAGGUGGGAUAGAACAGGUGGGUAAGAUUUCAUGAUCAUGUUUACAAUGGCUCCCAGAUUGAACGGUUUUUAGAGACCUCUGAACAGGGAGAUAGAUAUCUGUGGCUCAUGCUCCUGUCUGUGGAGGGGGGAUAGUGGGGACAGGGUGGAUUUAGCCUAGUCAUAACAGAACAUAGCUAGAGGACGAGGGAAUGGCUGCUAAUGCCACAUGAGGGAGUAUAUGGCUGACAGAGAAGAAGCCGGGGGGCACAUAGAGAGGAGGCAUCACACAACCCAUGCCAGGCUGGAUGCUAUUUGCAGAGGCAUUAAAGAGAACGGUGCCUGCAAAGGAGGGAGGGACUGGAUAAUAAUAAACAUUGCAUGUGUUUGUAUGAGUGUACGUGUGUGUAAAAAGUUUGACUUUAAACUUUUUUUAGUCAAUGUGUGUCAGAGCACAAAUGCAUCUUAAUGUGCCUCUCCAGUACAUUAAAUGUUGUCUCCCAUCUGUCUGUCAGCACGUCACAGCUCCAGCUGAGGUGUCAGAGUGGCUGUGCUACUUUUGCACUGGCGCUGGGUGCUAUAAAGUGACAGGGUUUAAUAUAGGGCAGCAAGAAUUUAAGACUCCAUUAAACUCAGUUUCACAGUGCUGAAAGGGAAUUCAUAGAAUGACAGAAAAUAAACCUCUGCAAGGGCUGAAGAGAAUCUGAAUAAGGUCUCAUUAUACCAACUGGGACUUGCUUUAGCUUCAUCCCCUGGAGCCAGAGAUUUGUUCUGAUGGCUGAAAUACUAAGUCUUAGCAUAUCUGGAAAAUAAAAAGUACGUCCCUUACUUCACAGUGAAGACAAAUACUACAUGGAACAGGUGAUUCAAACAGCUGAUCAUUGUGUCAAAGACAGCACUGUCAGACCAUCACAUUUACAAUGUUUAUGGUAUUGUUUUGUUUAAAUCGUCAAAACGGAGAAAAAUUUGCAGUUCGGUUUUUAUAUUGAAUGACGUGUUAAUAUAGAAAUUGUGAUUAAAAAAAAAACUUUUCAUAUUAAAACAAGAAGCACGUUCUGAGAGUAAAAUAUCAGUCAUGUCCUGGCACCAUGAAGAUCGGGAACACACACCAUGAUUCAGACAUCAUAAAAACAGUCAGAUUCUCUUUAACCGCAAGGCACCACAUUGGCUAGAGCCAGAGCAGAGGGGCACUAGAGCCAACACAUAAAAGUAACAGUAUUUUUUUAUUACCAAAUUUCAUACCGUUGACACACACACACACGCACACACACACACACACACACACACACACACUACCGCCUGCACAUGCAGCUCUGUAACUCAGAAUGCAGACGGCCUAAAGGCAGACUUGGCCCCGCUGUGCUCACCUGUCCACUGGCUGGCAAACUGCGAGGCCUACCUGUAUGGAACUGUGCAGACUGUUUGUGUGGAUCCUGCAUUUGCAUGGCUGCCAGUCGAGCGGCGGCAGGACUUGGCACAGGAGGAAGGAGGUUUAUUAAUGUUUACUUAUCUAGUUGGGAGAACCUGAUGGACAGGACGGCAGCAGUGCCUUGCCUGCAGCAACAUAACAAAGAACACCUAAAAUAGAGACCUAUAUACAUACUCAUGUGUGUGCACUAAUGUAUCCUCACAUGCCUGCAUACACACAUGUAUGCAAUAAACAAACACAUGAAGACAAUAUUCUGUUUCUAAACAGAAAGCGGGCUCGAUAAUCAGCUCAGUAUUAUUGAUUCCCUUAUUGCCAAUUUCCUCAUCAUCAUACAUCCAGCAUUUGUCAUCAACCCCCUGAACAAACACACACAUGCACAGGGAAACACCCUGAUCAAAAAGGACUUUUUUAAGGCCGGACUGUUUGAGGGGAAAACUUUCCCUCAUUUUUUAAGAGCAGCAGCUUUAACAAUAUGACACAUUCAUAUAAGAAGACAAAGCAUGCUGUUCUAGAAAGACAGAAGCACAUCAAUCAAAUCCUCAUAGACCCUCCCUGAAUACCCCUACUCUCAAAUGCCUCCACACACAUACUCAACAUUAGGGGGAAACUUUAUUUUGGGUGUCUUCUCACUCUCUCACUUAUAAAUAUAUCAGCCUCUGCUGAUUUCCUAUGGGGGAGGGGGAGUUUGUAUUUCUGUAUCUCUCCACCUGAAAUGAAUCAGUACCCUAUAAGAAAGAUGAACUCAUUGCAGGUCAGCUGGGCAGAGAGAUCCAAAGUGGUCUGACACUGUUCAGAAAUAAUUUUCACACUGAGGGGGUGUGUGUGUUCUAUUUCAGGGCCUGAAAAAGUAAUCCCCAUAAUAGCAUUUGAAUAAGUUAAUAACAGAUAAAACACAAUCAAGACUUUUGAUUGAAUGAAAGAAGAGAGUGUGUGUAAUGUGCAUUUAUUUACUUUUAUAUUGAACUUCCAUGUGUUCAAGUAUGUACUUCAAUGUUCAAGUAUGUGUAUUUGCUGAAGUUUCAAGGACUCAGCACAACAGUUACAUCUGUAUCUGGCUAUAAUCUUAAAGUUAUUUUUUUUAUUUUUUGACAAAGAUAAAAUUGAGUCACAGCAGCAAAAUAUGCAAAUGAUUCUGAUACGGACCAAAAAGUCAAUAUUUUGCCUUCAGCUGUAGACCAGUGUGGACCAAUGUUAGAGAAACUGAGAGAGAGAGAGAGAGAGAGAUAGCUGUUGACGAUUUGCAGGCCUCACUAUGAUGAAAGUUAAAGAUGAUACACCCUAACCGCUAACACAAUUAUACAGUGUACAUGUAAUACUUGCAUACACUCAGAUAGGCCGAAUACACCUUCCCACCCAUGGGCCCACACACCCAUCAAAAUCACACAAGUGCUGUCGUGUUUUGUUGCCUCUAUUUACCUUGCUGGGUGUGUUCACACAGCUCCAGGAGGAGAAUGGCGGGUGUGGGGGGAGUCAGGGCAGCGGGGGUGCACGUUAAAGUUGGUAGGUUGAUUCUAUUUGCAUUUGGCACACAGACUGUACAAAGUAUGCAAAUAGACAAACAAUGACAUUUGCUGUGUUAUUUUUCCUGUGAUAUUGCUGUCCCUCUGUAAAGUCAACAAAAAAGAUAGCAUGUGUGUUGAUGCGUAUGUAUUUGCGUGUGCGUGCUCAGCUUAUACACCUGCCAGGUGCAUCCAUCUCUUUAAGUCGGCCCCCGGGCCACGCCCAUGAUCCACAAAUCACAUGAAAGGCUCACCCUCAGUGCGAAUUGCUCUCUCAAAGGCAACUUUGAUGUUUGGAAAUGGAGAUGGGUGUCUUUGAAAAAAGAAGGCCUACAGGUGUAUCAGUGCCAGGGGAGGGGAAAAUAGUGGCACGUCUCAUGCUGGGUGCUUUCCUGACUGCUAAUGGCUCAACAUGACUCCCAGAUCUGUAACCUGGAGACAAAGUAGCCUGUGCACAUACACACCCACACGUAUAAAUACACAACGAAAAGCGGUUUGCCCCUGCAAUCAAACUCAUGACCACCUAAUUUAUGCUUCUGAAGAGAAAAUAGGCUGGUUCAGUACCACUAACACAAGAUUGGAACAGAUAAAGACACCACUUUAUGAGUUUUUCUGAGAAAUGACACUGUGGCGUCUCUACUGAAUGGAGGCCGUCAACCGUGGCGUUCCCCUUCCCUGAGGUCACUCCAUACGCAUCAUACUUAGCCUCAGUGAUUAGAAGUAGAGCAAAUAUUGGUUAACUGAUAAAUCCACUGGAAUGCAGUAGUGCACAUUGAAAAGUUUUGGACUGAGUUCAGAGGGGACUUUGUGUGUUGGGGGGGAAAAAAACUUGCCACAUUCUGAGGUCUGAGGCUUGUGACGGAGACUUUCCUCCAGUCGUCACGCAGGCUGUCUAAAGUAUAAGAGACUAGCAGUCACACACUACUGUUAAUUAUUUAGCAAGACAUUUAUGAGAGAUGUUAGAUAAGAUAGAAAUGAAUGCCAGAUUGCUGCUUUUGGCGUCAAUAAAGGGAGAUAAGACGUACAAAAAAAGCGUCUUUAACAUGAUCUGUUGGAACGGUAAUAAAAGGCUCAGAUGGACGCUCUUUUACCACUGUUGCCACCCUGACCACAUUUCUGGGGGCUACAUAGAAAGAGAGAAUUAACACCCAAAUGCUUGUCAAGGUCACUUACCCUCUUUAUUCUGAGCUUGCAUGUUCCUCCAGCAUCACUAAAUAUUCCUGAUAAGAAAAGAACAUUGUCUAACAAUUUCAAACAGCGCAACGUCCCAUCCUCAGGCCUGGAAGAGAUAAGCACAGAUGCUUUUCCUUGGGCACAAACCUCCACCACCUCAUUUCUACUGAUGUUAGGUGGAUCUACACGCUCAAGAAACAACUGAAGACAUUUUCCCAAGCUUAGCCAACAUGGCGACUCAGCACCCUCACUCCCUCUCUGACUCUUUGCCUACCUCCUACACACUCCCCUCCGAACUCAGCAGCCAAGCGUCUUUCCUGUUUACCUACCUAUGAGGGGAAGUCAAAUGCCCACUCUGUGUGUGCUUACUCGUCCUUAUUUACAAUGACCCAUACAGGAGGGAGCCAUCGUGACCUUUUAGACGUAAUCCAAUAAAAGUUCCAUUCUGCAUUUAGAAAAAUAAAUGGUCUACGAGCGGAGGGAUACUUUAACCCCCGCUGCAUUAUGAUGAUAAACUGUAUUCUGUGUCGGGUCAGUGGGGAUGGAGUGAAGGGAAGGGGGUGGGAUGUUUGUGGGAAGAAAGCACCUGCUGGUUACUGGAAAAGACACUGUGUACCAUCAACCUGUGGUUUUGGAUAUUUAUUUCUUCAGUCCUUAAUGGUUAGGAACAGUGAACAAAUAAUAGGUGUAGUGAAAUCUUUCUCAUGCUUCCAAGAGUCGAGACGGCUGUAAUCCUCUGGGUAAACACAGAAGGAGCUGAACUUUUUAAAACAUCAAAGAACAUUUGUAUGGAUUUUUCUAACCUUAACAUAACCGCAGCAAUCUACUUGCAUAAGUAUAAGAAUUCGUUUGUUUGCACGCCCACAUAAUGGAACAUAUCACUCAUUUGUCUUUCACACAUUUUUAACCUGCCUGGAAUAUUAAUUGUGUGAGUGUGUGUUCUUGUGCAUGAUUUGAGGUAAACGUAUACUUGUUGUGUGUGAGUUUUGAGUUCAGAGGUGUGAAUACGAAGCCGUUUGACACAUCUGUUGCCGUUGCAUUGAUGUAUGUGUCAGUGGCAACUCUCUUUCCUUUCCCACAGCCUUGUGAGUCUUCUACCUUCCCCCCUGCUUACACAACAUCAUACAGGCAAACAUGCACACAGACAUGCAAAACGACAUAAUUUAUCAUAUGAGCUACAGAAACACACAUAUAAAAAAGCUUUUUUCAUUAAUAUGAUCCAUCACCAGAACCAAAUUUUGUUUUUCCAAAGUAGUCGUGGCAAAAACAGCCACAGAAGCAGCAGCACUGAGAAAUCUUCAAGUUUGUAGGCAAGCAGCCAAAAAGGCCUGAAAAACAGCCUCGCUCAUAUCAACCUCACACGUCUCCACUCCCAACUACCACAUACACUCACACACACACGGGCAAACACACACACACAAACAGUAUGGAAUGGAGGGACAAAAGAGGGAUGAUUGCUCUCGAUGUACUAUGUGCCUUGUAUUGUUAAAAAAUCCGGGUGCACUGGCCCUUAUUUUGGCACCCCCUUCACUCCCUUAGCGUGCCUGAACCUGCCUCGCUGCAAGGCUGUCUUUGUGUGGCACUGCUUCUGCUCCACACUCACUUAGACACACAGAGACUGCGAGAAGAGCUUUAUCCUCUUAUCAGAAAAGAAAGGCUGUGCUCUUCGCUCAAACACUCUCAUGUAGCAACUUCCGCUGUGAACAGCUUGUUUUCAGGGCCUUGUGAGGGGGAUUUUCACACUGCUGAUGUCCCCAGAGAGUCUGAUGAAUCUGCCUGAAGGACCCAGACGAUCCCCUGGCUGUCGUCAGAGAGGCCGAUGACUUUUUCUGACCUCCUCCUGAGAGCUCAGAUAGAAAUAAGCUUCAUAUGAAUUCUUUUUAACCACAUUUCUUAGAUCUGCUGAACCCACACAGUCAGUGUGCCGAGAUAUAAAUAGUCUGACCUUUAAUCUAUAGUAAUUAUCUAGUUGUUAAACCUUAAGCGUAAAUACUUCACAAAACACGGUUGGAUAAAUGAGCUUAAGAAGGUGUAAAGUCUGUGUGUGGCAGGCAACAAGUCAUUUAUGCCUAGACCAGACAGCCAAAAUCUCCAGCCAAAGGUAAAACCCACAUCCUUUUGGGUCAGCCUCAAAACAAGAACUUUGAUUCGCCUCACUGUAAAUACCCCACAGAGUGAUUGGUGGCCCCGGGAACCACAGUGCCAAGUGUACAGAGACACUACUGAGCGGUUCUAUGGCGCCAAGAAUAGAACAGAAAGAGAAGUAUGAGAAAGAGCAGCGGAAAGAAGCAGGGUGGGAACGAAAAUGCAGGGUGUUAAGGUCUGCUAGAGAGGAGGAAGAGGAAGACAGGUGUACGAGACUUAGCUCAACAGAUGUUAAAACGUCCCCAGUAUCUGUUGAGGGCAAACGGAUGUGUACUUGCAGGCAAGUAGGCCUCUUUGCAGCAUGAGUUCAACUGUCGCCCUACAUCUCGCUGUGAGGUUUCAGAGUUAGAUAAGGAUGCUGUUUCUAUCAACUCUCUAUUCCACAGUAUUCAAAUGAAAAAAAGUCAGAAACAAAGCUAUAAGAAGCUGGUUGUUGAAUCAACAAAAAGCUCAUUCAAACAUGCUCAAGUAGGAAAGCCAGUUGCUCUCACAAAACCUUUUUAAUAUUGUGUUUAAACAUGUUUUAACCCAGACAUUUUUGCAUGUAAUCCUAUAGCAUACUUACACAGACUGUACAGCCGAGACAUAUUUUUUAGUAUUAGAUGUGAUACCUGCAGUCAGUUCCAGUCUGUUAUCAGUGGCCUAUCAAGUCCAUUUAUACGUUCAAUACAAAUAUUUACACUUCAAAUAUAUUCAGUGCAGACUUGGGCUGGAUCCAAAGCACGUAUUGCCCUUUGCCGUCUAGAUAGAGUUUCAGUUUGCCCCUGAAAAAGCACUCAGACCUUUACUAAAAAGAGCCUGUGUUUAAUAUGUCUCCCUUUGGACGGGAACAUAUGUUCUUUCUUUCAAUGGAGUCAGACACAAACAGACAGACAGAGAGAGAGACAGAGGGAGAGGGAGAAGAAGAGGAGGAAAAGUGAGAGCAACAAAGGAAGGAAACAAGUUAUAUUGGCCAUGGUGUUGGUGUUUAAGACUUGGCUGUCACCAGACUGAGAAACUCUGUCACUGUGUUGAAUUGAUACAGGCUUUGUAUCAAGGGAAGGCUGGGUAUCACAGUUUGCUGUUUGUGUGGUCUGGUUUUAGAAAAACUGGGGCAAUAUCAUUAAAAAUAAAAAAACUUUGCUCUAUUUACCCUUCAUACUCUUCCAACGAAUUCAACAACACGAGGGGCAAACAAGCAAAGCAACAUCUCAAGUUUUUCUGCAGUGACGAUAAAACACUACCAGGAAAUAAAAAGACACACAUACACACACGCACACUCGGAAAGCAAGAGUAAGAACGGCACACCCAUUCCUUCAAAACAGCCACAGCCUCUCAGUACAUCGUUAAUACCAGACAUUUUAUAUCCAGCAUUUUAUUUGUUCUUCAUAGACUUCCAUAAUGCUUUCAGAUGAAGCAACCGCUACUCUGAAAGGAGGCUUGUAAAUAUGCAACCUUUACCAUCCAUUUCGACUCUUGGUGCAUAUUGAGCGCUGCUGUUUAGGCCUCAUGUGUGCAUUGGUCCCCAUCUCCCAGCUCUAUCUUGUGGUUAUGAUAUCAUAGAGAGAAAAACAAGGGCAUUCUCUCCUAAGUGCACCCUGACACAUAAAAUAUUCAUCCAACCACAGAAACCCCUCUGAAAAGGGGAUGGUGGUGCACAGUGCUGGUACCCCUCUGGCCUCCGGCACUGCCGACUAGAAGUCAAAUGUUGGCGGUCAGGGCAGACACGCUGUGGCUUUGGACAGGGUCAGCUGGCCAAAGACAACACAUUAACACAAGAGGAGGAUACUGAUUUAGUCUGUCUGAUGCACUUUAAGCUAUUCCCCAAAACUUUCUCACUUAUUGUCUAUAAAAACAAGAGUAAAAGCAAAAGGGAGACACACAAAGACAAAAAAUAGAUCAUAGACAGGUUCUGAUUUGAUUUAUCUGUUUACUGUCAAGCACAAUGUAGCUAUUUGUUAUAAUGAAAAAGUUAAAACAAAGGUGACGGAAAAUAGGUGAGAGUGUUGCCCUUCUGAUUCGGUUAUUUCAUGAGUAUUAAAGACUGAAAGAAAAAGACAAACAGAGAAGUAUAUCAUUGAAUUUUGAGCUGUCCUCUUGUAGAUUGGUGGUGAUAACAGCGACAGUUGGCCAAGAGUUAAUACACUCCAGGCCUCAAGUCUGCUUUCCCCACAUCACCCUCUCACAGCUCCAUAAACCGUCUACUAGAAGCUUUGAACAGUGUGUCGACAAACAUAGUGCAUCUCUGAUCUGCCAACUGCAGGCAACUGGAUCCACUGCUACACUUAGGUGUAGUGUCAGAUGGUGCGUAUGUGUGUCUGCGGGCAGCUGAAUGAUCACUUUCAUCACUACAGAGACAGCUAGUUCAACUAUUUGCCACAUAAAACUGACCAAUAAUCUUUUUUUUUCUUCCUGCUGUCUGUGACUUUUCCAACCAGAGAGCAGUGGGAUGUAUCAUUUCCCUGACCUCAGCUGUUUGAGGUGGUGAAAAUCUCUUAAUAACUACACAAGGACACAAAUAGGGGCUAUAUUUGGAGGCUGCUUCCCCCCUCUGCCCUGGCCUGGAACAGAGAGCAGUCAGUGUCUAUGUGGAUGCCAAAGCCCGCUGAAUCUAUCGCUGUCUGUGAGGGAGAGAGGGGCAGGGAAAAUACAGACCUCCACUCUUUAGGAAGAGUGGAGGUCUGCUUGAGGAAAAGGCAGACUGGUCACAAAAAAGUCAAAACCAUCAUACUAGUUUGUCAGCAAACACACACUCACAUACACAUGCACACUUGUAUUGGUGUCCAACCUCCUAAUGCCCAGUAAACAAGACGCCAGAGAACAGCGACAGAAAUGUUAUUUCAACAGAAACAGAUUGAGUCUUUCUCUAUUUUCACACCGAAAAGACAACAUCAUAUUAUUAAUGGAAAUCAUUCUCCACGGUUCCUACGCUAGCAUGGAAAGUAUGGAAAUCUAUUCGAUCAAUUUCCGGGUCUUUGUUGUAUUGAAAUUGAAAUUCACUGGUUGGAAAAAAUUUAUGUUUUGUAGUAUUUCCAAAAGUAGGGUAUGGAAAAGUAUGGAAAUUCCAAUUGUGUAGGAAUCCUGAUUCUCCCCAGUUUUCUAAUUUUGGACUGCAGGAGCUUUAGGGUGUACAAGCGCUCAGAAGUUGUGUGUGAUUCAAUGGGCACUUGCAUUCCCUUUCAGCAUCUGUAUGCAUGUGAGGGGGGGGCAUCAAUGCUAGAUAUUUCUAUAUAGUUCGUAAAGAGAGGAUGGAGGGGAGGUGGUGGGCACAAACAAAUGGACAGAGCGGUAAACGAGAGGAAACUUUACCCAUGGGUCAGCCUCAGAGGGAAGAUAUAUUGCCCAUGGGUCAGUGGAGAGAGGGGACGGGCAAAAUCCAUAUUGGUCCGUCUGCCUUGCCCCCUUUAUAUAGUGAUAAAAUAUUCAAAUCCAGCCAUUACUUCACAUUAGGCUACUCUGUAGAGAUACCAGGGAGAAAACCACAGAAUGUAUACAUGCUGGUUCACACACAGUUUUGGUACAUUGAUAGUUACAUUAAAAUGUCUUCCUCCCAUUAGAGGCCUAGCCCUCAUCCGGACUCACAUCUGACAUUUAAGGUGUGUGUAGAGCAAGUGCAUGUAUGUUUAUGUGUGUCUGUGAGUAUUUAUACAUGUCUGAGUACAUGUCUGUGUCUGCAUUAAAGGCCUGAUCGGAGCUUUUUUUUCCCCCCCUGACCAUCUCUGUCAAUGAGAAGGUGCUGAAGACUGUUGGAGUCGCAGCUGGACACAUUCACUUUUCGAGCCGAUUUUCCCCUCAAACACCGACACUUUUCAUUUCCUUCUCUUUCUCUUUCAUUCUAUUUUUAUCCUAUGUAUUUAAGCCUGAUGACUAUAUGGUCUGAGUGUCUGCUCUGACUAAGUGCUGUGUCAGUAAGACCUGGGGUGUGUGGGCGUUAGUGAGAAGGGUGGUUAAUGGAGUGGAUCCACUCAGUCCUUCUUGUUUUUAAAGCAAAGUUGCAAGAUAAUAAUGACUUUGUCAGUUCAUAGAAAUGCUUGAUGUCACUAUUCAUAGUUUUAUUUUUCAGACCUUAGGGUCGGGGAAAAACAGCAUUCCUCAAGCAUUUAUUUUUCAAACACUCAUACUGUCGUUAUCUGCAGAUGACGCGACAGCAGGUGCAGCCUGGGUAACACUUAGUGUCUAGCCCAUGUAUUUCAAGGUCUGCUAAGAUUCAAAUAAUAUUUUUGUGUUUGGUAGCUGAAAACAUGGUGACAGUGUCUCACUUGAACAGUUUCAUUCUGAGUGAGUGGUUGGAAAAUCCAAUGUAGGAUACUGAUGGUCUUCAAGUUACAAUUAAGACUAGAAAGAAAGAGGAUAUUUGCUCGUUCAUGUCAAACUACCCUACUUACCUCUGAAAUAAAGAGUGCUUUAUGUACCAUUUCCUAUUUGUCUAGAUUAUACAUUUUUAAGUUGUUUAUAUCUUUUUCCUGACCACUCUUCUUCAUGUUGCUGUUUCAGGGCACAGAGUGAAGAUUGAAGACUCCCAGAAGAUGCAGUUUUCAGACAGGCUGUCAGAGAUUGAGCGCUACCAGAGGAGUAUGCGGAUAGGUCCAGUAAACAACCCACCACGUCCCAUUCACCAAACCCAAGGUGAGGACCACUGAUGCAUUUAGCUAUGAGCAACAGAUAAAAUUCAAACCAAAUCACCACAACCUUGUAAAGUCAGUUUACAGUAAUCAGCAUUUCUUUGAAUCCCCCGUAUUAAAACAAACAUAUCUUGUUUCAUUUGCCAAAGGGUAAGUACUCUCUAACACAGAUCUGUUACACAUCAAUGUGCCCUUCACCCAAGAUAAAAAUAAGUCAAGAGCUCUUCAUGUGGAUUUCCAGAACUAGAGGCACUUUCCUAUUCUGUUCCAAUAAUCAGGGAGCUGUUACGUGUUGGCAAUGCAGUGGGUAGCUCAUGUCAGUUCUGUCCCUGCAUGCCCUGCGUUGGUGGGUCUGGGCCCCACAGUGUGCAGGGUUGAGUCUUUGGCCAGGUGGCACGGCGGAUGCUGCCAACCGGGCUUGGCCUGGGUGUUGAAGCUGGCCUCCACACACAUACAUAUACACACACCACAACCUUAGGAAUUUAACAGCUGCCUGUUACCUUGGCAAUCACGUCACUCGUGAGGGGGUAGGGGAGGUGGCAGACUGAGAUGUGUGUGUGUGUGUGUGUGUGUAUUUGUGUAUAUAUGUGUGCUGUGGACAGCUGUGUGGGUGAUGGCUAGAGUGAGGAUGAGUAUUCACUCUCUGUCAUAUGUCAGAUCCUUUUUAACAGGAUGCCAUGUCUGAAAGCACGCAGACUAAAUACACACACACACACAUGCACUCAUUGUGUGCCCUCCCCACCCACCCACUCUCUAGUUCUCAUGCCAGCUAAUGAAUCUCAUUAACUUUGUAUCAGCAUGUUGCUUGGUACAGAGGGCUUGUUUAGAGCUCCCAGCCAUGUGUGGGUGGAACUCUAUCAGUGUGUAUCACAGCCAUACUGUAGUGUUUGGCCUUGUGCUUAGCUUAGCCAGCGCUGAGUCACCAGUAAAGGCCUAUCUAACAGCUGACUGCUGAGAACACAGGGUCUCCUACCCGUGUUUUACUUACUGUUGAUAUUGAUUUUCACUUGCACAGCUUGUACUGAGGAGAGAACAAGUCAACCAUUUCAGAAACAUCACAGACUCGUUACGUUGAAAUUGAAUGUCAACACAAUACGGUCAUUGUGAUUUCAGUUUUCUGAUGAUUGUGAGGAUGAUGUCAGUGUUGUAUGUGUAUGUCUGGAAAAACAAAAACAGCACCUGCAGCUAAGUUUCUGCUUGAAGUUUUAAGUUUCUGACUUGGAAACAAAGAAAGCCAGGGAGAGAUGUACAGACUUGGUUCAGACGGCAGAAGAGCGGCUCUUUGCUUUGCAUUUGUCUGCCUCGCACAGGAUUAGGGCGGGAAUUAGAACGAAGCAGACUUGUCAGACUUCAAAGCUGUAAGAUGUCACAACACACACAUACACACGUACAGUACAUACACUUUGAGCAGACACAACACAUUAAUGUCAGCUGAAACUAUCAGAAGCAGUGAAGGCCUGGAGCUUCACGUUACAGCCGCUAGUGUCUGGGGGCUGUCUGUAAGGAGUGUGUGUGAAUGAGACAGACAAGGGGAAGGGCUGUAAAAACCACACACCUUAAUCUGUGGUAUUACCAUCAUGACGGCAAACCGCAGGGCAAGAGUGGUAAAAUAAUUAAAUAACAGGGCGAAGGACCUUUCUCCCUCCCACUUCGUUUAUUGGUUGGAGUGUCUGAACAGCAGACUGCAAAUGUAUUUGGCGGCUGACAUCAGUCACAGCGUUCCUGUAUGUGUAGGAUCAAACAAAGACAGCAACAAUACAGAUUUACAAGCAAAGCUCAAACAAAAAUAGACCUGUUGUAGUAAAUCCCAUCUAGAGACACAGGGACGUGUUUACAUAUCAACAGCACACUCGCUCUGCUUUGGCAGCCAUGCCAGACACUGUUGUAUUUUGUAGAUACUUUAAAUCCCAGGGCCUGUUUGUUUGAGGAUUACCAGGUGAUGGAUCACCCAUCAACACAUUAUAAUUAAAUGGAUUCCCUUCUUGUUGUUACAAAAGAUGUUUUCCAUCAUGUGUGGCUGGAACCUCACAGUUUUGCCCCUUGAUGACGACUGAAUAAGAAAAUACAGAGUCAUCUCCUCCUAAAGCCUCCUUGCUUCACUUUGUUGUCUGGGCUAUGAAAUACUGUCUCAGCUUUCUUGUCAACAGGACAUGUCUCCAGACAUCUGCUUAAUGCUGAUUCUUAGUUCAUACACACACACACACACACACACGCACAUACGCACACACACAGAUAGAUAAUUGCACAACGGGCACAUUAAAAACAAAAAGUACACAUAGACACACACAUACACAAUUCAGUGUUAGUGUUGCAACUUCUACGCUAGUGCCCCAGACAGACAGGAUAAUUAAGAGCUCAUUACAGUGCAUGCAGUGACAGGAUUCCUGCACGCUGGCAGACGCUACAUUCACUGCUUGUUUUUGUUCUUUUGUGGCCACAGGUAAGCCUGCUAGACAUGUGGAAUGAUUCUCGGUAAGGGUGGAGGGAGUUUGUGUAUACAUGUGUGCGAGUGUGUGUGUGUGCGUGCGUGUGUGUGUGUUUGAAGUUGAAAAUGUGUGGUUCAACUAGUAUGGUCUAGCAAAUCUGACACUCAAACAGUCAAGUACUAAAUUGUUAUUCUAGUUUUUAAAACCUCAAUUGAAUUACAUGUGUAUAUUAUGUGUCUGUGGGUGGUAGUUUUUUUCUCUCCUUCUAAUAUAAAAAGUAAAUUAUACUUGAAAUUAAUCAUAAUGUUGCAUUUAUAAUAAGUAAAAUUACUUUCACCCUUUAGGAAAGCAAAAACAGACGAUAGAGGCUUUUGAAUUUUCCUAACAUGCAUAACUAUAAACAGAUUUUUAAUUCAACUGAAACAUAAACAGGACCCAAUAGAUCCCUGGCACAGCCUCUGACAAGCAGCUGAGACGAAAGUGGCUCCUUUAACUUAUAUAUGUCUAACAGUAGGAGUCCAGAAAAAAAAACAAAACGUACAGGCUCUUUUGAGGUGGUAUUAUUUAACACGCUGUUUGUUCCAACACCUGUGUGUUCUCCUCUGAAGAUUAAUAUCUGAUUGUAGCAUAACGUUCCGCCACUGAGUCAACUACUCAACACUUUGAUAAGAGCCCAAAAGUGAGUAAGUAUGUGUGUUCAAACAGGCACAAGAGUUUUUGUCUGUCAGUGUGUCUGUCUAUCUGAGUGUGUGAUCAGUGUUAUGUUCUUGACAAUGUCAGAAAAGUCUUGCAAAGAUGAUGUACAAAACUCUUAGUUUUAGUUCUCAUCCAGAAAGUCAGAGCAAGUAUUUUCUAUGAACAGCACACCUAGAAAUGUUCGUACUCAGGGCUUCCUCUUGCACACAUCUGCUACAGUUGUGCUUUGGCUCUCUUUGCUCAGUAUGUUUAGGCUGCGGCCUCUGGACUGGACACAACUUUAAAAAGUCUUGUUUGAUAGAGGACCAAGCUAAUGCAGCGAUGCCCCCUCCAGUUUCAUCCACAGUGACCACUCUGUUUACUUCACAUAAACAAGCUGGCCGGCCCCCCACGUUCCAAGUGGCACAUAGCUUCUGCUAGGGAAUACUAAUUCACACACUGAGAAUGACAUGAUCGGCCAAUUAGAAGCAAGGGUGAGACAGGAAAUUAACAUCGUCAGGUAGCUGUGGUGUGGACUUUUGAGUUACGCUGGUUGGAUUUCAUGCUGAUUCUGCCAAACCCAAGCAGGAAGCUGGCCCUUUGAGGCCAAUACAACCAAAAUGAGUAGGAAUCUGGAUCAGUUCUUUAGGCACCCUGUUUUACUUCUAAACUACUCUAUUUACACAAUAUGUCAAUGGCUGCCACAGAGUUUGUUUGUUAUGGUGCCCAAAAGCCUCACUUGUGGUUACUUUCUUCUUGUGACCCUGAGAUGAAUAAUUCAAACUGAAAAUGUAUUUGUUCAUUUGCAAAAAAAGAAGAAAAAAAAUCUUUUGAAGCUGCUUUCCAAGUGGAAAAAAUUGAAGAAAAAGAGAAAUGGGAGCAAGUCGUUUUUUACUAGACUCAACUGUUUGUGUAAGUUAUAAUUUCACAUCAGAGUCAGAGAGAGUUUUGCUUUUCAGCAAUUACAGAAUCUACAUGUGUGCCAUGAACAGUCUCUAUUCAAUCUGGGGAGAGGGUGAGGGUGGGAGGGUGACAAGCUCUCAAAGAGAACACAGGAUUUUUCAACCCAUGUGUUUGUUUUUGCUCAUGUUAUAAGUGAGGGCUCAAAAGACAUAUCAAAUGUCCCACAUAGCUGAGCCAAGGCCGUGUUCCUCCCUUCUCUAACACGCUCUCUUUCUCUCUCCUGUCCUCGCUGGCGUCUUUCUUUCUCUCUUGCCUGCUCUCUCACAUUCUCUCCCUGUUGCAACGCCUAAGGCCGAAGCGAAACAGGAAGCCAGCACAAGGACCGGCAUUCACUGUGUCUCAAUGACACGCUUCAUUACGGCAGGCACAUUACAUGUCUCAGAGGCGUUGCUGGAUCCGGAGUCACGAGGAUGGAUGCCAUUUUGGCUCAAACAUCUUUUUAGCUCCCCUUUCAUCUACAUAUGCACUUCAAAAGCAGUGCAUGUGUUUAUUUGUGUCCUCCCCAAAACUACACUGGCACCACCCCAAAGCUCUUAUUCAUGACGCAGUCACCACUUUUCCCUGUUUGAGUCCCUGCCUUACCCACUCCUCAGCCCCGCCCAGAGGGCUGUUCCUCCUAUUAACAGGGGUAAUCUGUGCCUCUGGUAUUGACGUUGUCUGCAGGCCAAUCAAAAUAUUUGAAGGAAAUGUUUAUUUUCUUGAGCGAAUCGCACCAGCUGCAUGGAAGCCUGUCUGAAUAAGGCCAUUUAUGUGUAAGAAUUUGCCAUUGUGAGGCAUAGUGCAGGACCUCUUGGUGGCUGAGUGCUGAUUUGGGCCUUUGCAGAGGAAGUAAAGGAGCUCCCUGGGAAGCACAGAUCUUGCACAUGCUGAGCCCACUGCAGCUCCAGGUGAAUGACCCAGCCCACUUCCUCUCUGCUUUUGGCAUCUGCCUUAUUCCUGAUUGCCACUCCAGGAGGUUUGAGGUUUACUAUACUGUGGUAUAAGAUAGGGGCAUGGUUGAUUGACUGCUGCUGUCAUUAAGGGCAGUGUACUGUAAGACGAAAAGGAAAUGGUUGUAUAAAAUUUACAAGUUUUUGUUCAUUAGAAAGCAGGCAUACAGAGUAUACACCUGAGUCAAACCAAUGCUGAGGCUGACCAUUUGAACAGGGCUUCGUGUGAGAUGUCUUGUAACAACUGCAUCAUUUCAGACCCAGAGCAAACAGCUCCUGUUUGUGUCAGCCCUCCUGCGGUGUGGCUACUGGGUGUGAAGCAGGGUCCCACGCGUUGGGCCAGUACGGCCUUGACCCUCCUUCGCUUCCUGACAGCUUGGCUGGACAGGCUAGCAAGUGUCCUGUACUUCACAGGUCCCCGCUGCCCCUCCAGUGUCUCACCUAAAAGACCCAAAAAUAUCUCCCUUCCACCCAUCAAGCAUGUUUUUCCAAUCCUGGUCUCACUAUAGUGAGAGAAGCACCCCCCCGUUCCCAGUCUUCACUGCUCAGUCAGCACAAGCCCACUUAUGACAGAAAGAUAUCUCUAAACUGUUAGACGUCAGUUUUGACAAGUCUGUCAUGAAGAGUUUUUGACAUUAUUAAAGAUUUUUACGGCACAGACACACAUAAAACUCACACAUAACACUUGAUGCUUACAGUGCAGUGGAUGAAAGACUUUAAUUUGCAUUCCUAUGCAAACACAGUUCUUCUUCUGGUUUAGUGCAAAUAAGUUUCGAGAACUAACAUUUUAAUCAUCUUGUUUGUUUGACCAGCCCUGUGGCAAGAACAGAUGGACACCCCAGCUCUGAAGCCAUGCAAAGUGGAGGAGGACCUUCGACCAUGGCCAGGUAAGACAUGCGAUUCACUUCUUCUUCACUGGUCUGUAUACGUGUUUGCCAACUCUUUCCACACUCUUUUCUAAUUCUCUCACUCAAGGCUCCUGUGAGGAAUUUUUAACUGUUUGCUGAUGUAAAUAUUACAUCAGCAAACACUAACAAGACUUUUUUAGACAACAAUCCUUACUUAUCUAUAGUGAUAAUAACCUUUGAAAAAUUUCCAUGCCAAAGACUUAAACUUUGUUUCCACAUAAAGGUGUGGAUCUGGUGGCCCUAGAUCUAUAAAUAAACAGAUAAAACCCUCAAUGUCUAAUGCAAGAAACAAUACUUCUUUACAGAUAGAGAAAACUAUAGAAACUACCUGGAGUCAUGAGGCAGAUAAUGAUUGUGUGUGGUAACUAAUGGUAUGACAUAUUAAAUCAAUGUAGAAAAUAUAAUGGUAUGUCAUGUAUAACCAUCUUUCAGUAGAAUUACAGAUACUCAGUGUGUUGGAUCUAGAUUAACAACUUCUUUUUAAUCAUACAAACUUACUUGACAAACAACAUGGGCACCAGAAAUGACUGUUAUUGGUUUAGCAGCCAAUUGGCUUUGCAAGUACACUGUGAUAUGGUCUCUCUAUUGAAUUUCCCUCCGGGGAUCAAUAAAGUUUUUCUUUUUCUUCUCUAAAAUCUUCUGCAAAAGUUACUGAAGGCAGAUCCCUGACUGAAGCAAUAUUACAGAGACGGAGAGUUUUGCACACGCUUUGAUUUCAUUGAAUUUCUUGUGAGAAUAAAUGGACUUCUGGUUGACCAGCCCCAGUACACACACUGUACAUUCAUGGUGGGAGAAAAGAUCGAUACAGCAUCGUAUCGCGAUAUUUUGUCUGGUGACAUAUCGUAUCGUCUCAUCCACCAAGUAUCGCUGUUUUCAAAUUAACUGCUAAUAUGACCUUAAGUCUAUGUUAAUGGAAAAAAUGAAACCAAUUGUUUGUCCAGUGAGGAGAAAGUUAGUACAACAAACACAGCAACAUCUGGGAAGGGACAUUAGGAAUGCAAGUAGGCAAAAUGAGACAGACAUGACAUAUGAGGUCAUGAGGUUUAAAUUACUGUUAAAACAAAUUGCAAGUGUUACAAAAUUACAAAUUGCAAUUUAUGGUAUUGCAAUACUCACUGUAUCACAGUAUGUGUAAAAUUACAAUAAUAUUGUACUGUGGCCCAAGUAUCCAUAUAAUAACGUAUCGUGGGGCCACUAGUGAUUCCCACCCCUACUGUACAUACGUAGAAAUUAGGCAUUAUUGUAGGUAUCAUAAUAAAAGUUAAAAAAUCAAGAUGUUGGCUUAAUAAUAAUUUUAUUUUUAAAAAAUCCUCUGUUCUUGUGUGUGUAUUAUUUUGUCAAGAGCUUUAUUAGCUGCUUGCAUUUUAUCAUAAAGCUCAUGUGAGGUCACUGUUAAGCAAUGACGUGCCAAAUACAGACCACACCUUUCAAAUGGUUUAUCUUAAAAAUCAUCUCAGAAGGAGCCGUAAAUGACAUUUAGCUUCAUAAAUCUCUCUGAUUGCCCUUCAGAUUAAAACAUAGAAAUUGUCGAUAAUAAUGGAGUGAAGUGGGGAAAUAUGCAUAAAGCAAAGGGUGUGCCAUUGGUUGUGACAAUUUUGGAGACUAUUUCGUUUGCCUGUAGGGCCCUACUACACCCCACAACAUUCCUGUAACGCCACCACCCUGCCUGCCUGCCUUCUUCUCCUUCCUUCCUUCCCUCCCACUCUCUCUUUCUUUCAUUUCUUUCUGGGCAAUUUGUAUCUUUCCCGCUGCCUCACAGCCCCCUCAGUCUCCUUGCUGACCCUAACCCAGAAACCACCACACCACAUCAGACAUGCUGAAUCAUCCACUCAUACUGUGGUGAGGGCACAAAUUCAGAUACCUACAGAAGAUUAUAAAGAUUUAAAAACUGGUUCACUGAUUCAGCUCUUAACACAAAAUGCCUGGAGCUCCGUAUUGAAAUCAAGUAUUUACACAUUUCCAGAUGUUACAGCGUGACCUUACUGCCCAAACUAUAAACAGCAAGGAUAUCCAGAUAAUAAAGAUCAUGUAUCAGAGCUAAUGGGUGGACUUGUUAAAGCAAGGCACACGUCUUUUCAUUGGCUGUAAGGAAGUAUCAAAUCUGUCAUGAAAAAAUUUACUUAACAAAAACUUUAAUCAUGUCUCCUUGUUUGUAAAUGCAUUAGGGAAAUCUUAGGUUUUCUGUCAUCACAAAUUCCCUUUAACCUUUGCUUGUUUGUCAUGUCACAAGUUAGGGACAUGCAAAACUCUCUCCGCUCACUUGAUAAAGAGCCUAACAUGGAUGAGGCUUUGGGGCUCCUGACCAUGCCGCCACAGUACAGAGGUGAUUGUUAUUUGCAUUUGGGUGCAUGAUGCUCGUGCCCUGCAGCCUCAGGUGCUUAAAAAAACACCUGGAGAUCAUUUGAGUCUCCUAUUCUUUGGUCAGCACAGCAGCUGAUCUGCCCUUUGUCUACAUCACUCUGUUAUGGACAAUGACUGCUUAUUCUUAUGGCUUCAAGCGUUCAAGCAAUCUUUAUGUAGAAAAUACAGGAGUAGAUAAGAGAACAAUCUCACAGCACACCAGCGCAUGCUUAAGUAUACAGACGUAGCCGGAUGAGACAUGAGGUUUGGCUCUCUCCCUUUCUUUCCCUUCACUUAUUUGCCUGAGACACCAUUCCCCCGGCGCUGGCAGUCACAGUUUGCAUCAAGCCUGAGUAAACAUUUCACAGGUGAGCGCCUGGAUUUGCAUCUCCCCAUAGCCAGCCACCACAUACAGACACAAGCACACACACACACACACACACACACACACACACACACACACACACACACACACACACACACAAACACAGAACCAAGCAGAACCAAGCACACAUUUACACACAGAGACAUGACCGCCACAAACCUGCCCUUGAGUUUACAACCAAAAUCAGUUUCUCCCAUACGCAAAUGAAGCAAACCUCCUGCCAUAUCUUGGUUACACGCUUGACUGUGGACUAGUGGACUUCUUGAGCUACGCAUAGAAGAAGAAGAGGAGGCCUCCACCCUCGGUGUUGUAGGAUUAAAAAAGUUUGCAGUGCUGUGCUUCAAAGCUAGAGGAGCAAAGAGAAGGCUGGAACACUAUGUGCUCUAUAAAAGCCUUGAUUCCCAGCUACCCGCUUCAUAGACUGGGAACAUCACAGACAGAAGAAUUUGCCAGCUAGCCCUCUGGGGUCCAUCCCCUCUCCUGUCCCUGCAAUUUAGUCAACACAUUUCAGAUGAGCCUAAUGGAGAUCAUGUGUGGUUUUGGGCCGCAGAGGUUACAGGCAGCUACUACAAGACUCAGUUAGGAAGACCCUCUCUGCCAAAGAUACACCACAGUUACCACAGCCACAACAGCGAAGCCUGUACUUAUACUGGGUGGGGGAGGGUGUGGAUACAGUAAGGUAUGUAACAUGGUAAAAAAAAGGAGGAAAAAGCAGACAACAAGGCUCUAAAUUCCACAGUGCUCCAUUCAGCCCUCUCCUCAAGAGGGAGCUACUGUGCCGUACUGAGUUAAAGGUAGUAGCAGACUCCCCCAUGGCACAAAGCCAAGAGCUUCAUGCUGCAAAAGCCCAUUAAGGUGUGGUGAUAAGUGUCCGAUGCAGUUUCCCCUGACAGGACGCAGAAGUCCGUUUCUCACCACAGUUUAGACGACACGUUUCCACAUACUUAAAUUAACUGGAGAUUAUGUGCAGGGGUGGGCUGUGGCAGCCAGGGCCCUCAAGUCUCCACAACUUUCAUCCCUUCUCGAGCUCUGCCUUAGAGCCUAAAUUUAGCGUAGACAGAGUGAAAGGAAAGACUAAGAGAGAGAGAGAAAGAAGGAGUUAGAAGGAAAGGAUGAGAGUCAGAAAGAGUAAAAGAGAAAAGAUAAGAGGGAGAAAAAGAGAGAGGGAAAAAGAGAGAAAGAGACGCAUGGCUUUUUGGGAGUCCGGUAGGAAUUAGUGGGCCUACUCCACUUCACCCGAAUCAACAGCAGCUGAGGGCUUGGAUUUUCCUCGCGUGAAAUCAGAUAUGCAGCUUGACUCUGGUGCCUUGCAGACUUUGGAAAAAGAAACAGCCCCCCCACCACCACCCCUAAACUCCCUCAUCCCAAAAAGAAAGAGAAAAUUCAGCUGCAGAAAUGUGUUGUUAAAAACUAGUUUAGCAGGGGCCGUGGAAAUAGCAAAGCAACCUUUUUUUUUUUUUUUUGUCGAUGAAAAUGGAUCCAGUUUUCAAGACAUAGGGAAAAGACAUUUGAACAAGACUGUGGCACGCAAGUUUGGCAUUCUCCCCCCUCAGGGCUGUGGCGUGCAAACGCUUGCUAUUUCACAAAUACAAGCUCUCUUUUCUCUGCCAUCCAAAUCCACAUUUUACACUUCUAGUCAUGUGGGUACAUUGGACCCUUGAAAACCACAUGCAGACAAACAAAUAACCAUAGACAGAGGUGUGUGUAAGUCUAUCUACAAGCAGAGGUUGUGCAGAGCAUUUUGUAUAUUAUCAUCAGUUAUGAGACACUUCCCCAGCAAGUGUGUAGUACAUACUGGAUCAGGGUUCCUACACGGAUGGAAUUUCCAUACUUUUCCAUACCCUACUUUUUAGAAUUAUUGUUGGAAAUACCUACUUUUCUAUUUCAGAAAACAGUAUUUUAGAACUGUGGUAAUAGCCCGGAAACAUCAAUAUUCUUCCUUACUUUAUUUUUCAUUUUCCAUACUUUUCCAUACUUUCUAUAUUUGCGUAGGAAGGGCAUUUACAAGUACAGAGGGUUUCAACCUGGCAGCUGACCACCUCACCUUCUUACAAAUUAUGUGUCAAGAGUGCAAAGGCUUACAUAUAUAACCCGCCAGGUGAAGGUUUGAUCUGCACACCUUUGCAGGAGAUUAAAAUGCAACUUUCAGAAGAAAAGUAAAGUUAAAAAAAGGUCUAUGGGCACAGACCUACUUGGUUUUUAUAUGGUUAUACUCAUAAAACUGAUGCUACAUCUUUUAGCACACACAAUAAAGCUACAUUAUGUCACAUAAUUGUGCCCAAACCAAAAUGCUGGUUUGGCUGGUAGCAGGUGACGGCAGACAGCAGGUAUUCUUCAAGAGGAAAUAGGCUCAAAUCUGAAACUCAGGAUACUAGAGCAAUCUAUGAUACAUGAAGGGACCCAGAUCUUUAAUAAUUCUAUUUUCUCUUUGUUGUUUGCUAAAAUAAGAGUGCACAAUGAAAUUAAAGUCCUUUAAGCUGUGUUCACACUCCUACGCUACCUGUGAUAUUACACAUUACACAACUCUGACAGGUAUUAGACUGAGAUUCAACUUCAUUUCAGGGCUAUCUGCUCAAGAAACCAUCUUUGCUGAUUUUUCCCUCUUCCUCUUUACAUUCUCAUUCUCCCUCCGUCUGCUUCUAAUUGUGACCGUCUGCAUUUGCCACAUAAGUAUGAUUUAUGAUGAGUUGCACAACAGCACAACAAGCCGUCGGUGUUUUUACAAAGCACCCCUCAGCACUGACAAUGCCUCUUUUCAUGGCUCUGUGAUAGAUAGAAUACUGUAUAUGUUGCCCUCUUUUCGAGGGAGGGUAAUAGGGCGAGUAGGCCUCUUAACUCCAGUCUUGUGCUUAGGGCUGUGGGCUGAUGUGCUGUCAGUGUUUGAUGACUGUUAUAAGCAUGAAAGUCUCUCAGUUCAUUAUUUUCAGCAAACAUUUCCAUUGACAGGCACAUCGCAGGAAACCUGAGCUCAGAAUUGUGGCUUUUGGGAAGUUUUCUGUGCUGGAAGUCAUCUUUCAAAAUGACAAAUACUGAGAGAUGCCGGAACUUUUUGUUUCAUUAACACAAAAGUAUUUUUAAAUCAUGCACCAAAAUGUAGCUGUCUUUACAACUUUGUUUCUUGUUUCCACCAACAGGGACUACAGAUCUCUUCCAACAGAGGACAACCUUUCCAUCUCUCUCGCCACUGACUGACCCUCGCUUCUCAGACCCACGUAUGCACUAUCCUGGAGCCUUUCCAUACUCUGCCAACACCUCAAGCACCGGCAUCAGUGGUCUCAGCAUGUCAGCCUCCUCCAGAUACCACACUUACCUGCCGCCCCCCUACACAAACAACCAAAGCCAGAACUUCCAGUCCAACUCUUACCUGUAUUACGGCACAGGUUCAGGCUCCUACCAGUUCUCCAUGGUGGCGCCAGGAAACACCGGGGGUGAGCGUUCCCCCACCCGCCUGCUGUCUUGCUCGGGGGCCGGAGGGACCAACAGUCUGAUGAACCCAGGUCUGAACACCCAGAGCGAGGGGGUUGAGGCCGACAGCAGCCACAGCAACUCGCCUACAGCCAUGAGUGCUUCAGGCCGCCUGGAUGAGUCUGUUUGGAGACCUUACUGACUGACAGACAGCUAGACAAUCAUGGUGUGAGGGAGGAAAAGUAGAGAUAAAAUUGAGCAAAAGAGAUGAACACCGAAAGAAAAAAAGAGAAAUGCUGCAUGUUUGUCUUUGAUUUCUCCAGCACACCUUCCAAAGGCUCCCUUGCCUUUUCCCAAAUCUCUCAAGAAUUCUGCGUCUUUGUAAAUAUUUGAAAAGCUCCUGCACUGUGCUACAUACAUGUACUCUAAAAAUGACUGCAAAAAGCCAUAGAAGUUAAGAUGUUCCACUGAAGCUGCAAGUAGAUAUGAAGCCACAGCACCAAUUUACUCUCUGGUGUAAGAGACAAGAGACAGUGGAGUUGGGAUACACCAGAAAGUCCAACAAACUGAAAAUACACCGAAUUUCAUCAAACAGACUUCACAGACUAAUCGAACUGACUUGGAAGGUUGAGAAGCGAAGUUGGGCUUGAGUGACCAAGUGGCACAGAUAUCCCUCUAAGGCACAGUUGCACUGCAGUGGCAAUCAUGCCUUUUCAAAAUCGGGUAAAACAGAAAAAAAAAAAAACAUCAGUGGAGAAAACAUCCAAGGUAGUUUCUUGUACUUCCAGCGCAUAUGCAGCACAUGUUGCCUAAUUUAUAAACAAGAUGCACACAUCAGCCUCUGGUGCUAUGGUAAGUAGUGGAUGCUUCAAUACACGUGCUGCAUGUUUGAGACAGAAGUAUUUUACCUGUAAGGCCGGAUUGAAAAACUGAAUUCUCCACUGCUGUGUCAUAAAUCGGUGUGUUGACUUUUAACCAGACAAUGAUGUUGAUGUUUUAAGUGAUAUAAAAGCUGAAUGGAGAGGGAUGAUUAUUGGUUUCUAUCUCUGCAGGAAUAUUUCACUCCAGUUGUGUCUGCUUUUCAUUCUAUUCUUGAAUUUCUUAUUUAAGCCCUCUUCUGAAAAAAGUCCUGUUAUGGCAUUUUGUAACUGGAGGACACAGUUUACUUUUGAUAUUUAUUUGAGCCAAAUCGUGAGGAAAUGUACACAUAUACCCAAAGUUUUUAAGCAUUUCUCUCCAUCUUUCCUUUUAUAUACACAAACAGUAUAAAGACCAUGUUUUGUUGUUGAGUAUAAAUUUGGAUUUUGUGUAAUAUAUUGCUUCUAAAUUAUAAAAAUUUUGAUGUAAUUAUUUUGUCUUCCAAUGUAGCUUUGAUGCACUAAGUCUUUUAUUUCUUAUGAACUAUGCCCAACACAUUUUGUAGAAUAGAUGGUGUAUCUAGAGCAGUGAUCUUGUAAACAAUUUCUAAAUUGCUUUCCAUUGCUAAACAAGCCAUUUGUUUAAUUUUUGCACUAUGAAUCAACAAUUUUUUCCUCUUGUUUGGGUUUUACACAUAGACUGUAUGUAGAAUGGACGCCGUCUGCCUCCUCGCUGGGUGAAGUCACUGCGAGAACAGCAACCUCUGGUGAUGAGCUACGGUAUAGGUCAUAAAUCCCGCCUCCUCCAGCAAUCCUUACGGAGCUGUGGACAAACUUUAGAAAUUUAUUACACAGAAUACAAAUUUUUCUCCACCCUGGUUGCAGUGUUGACAUUUAGUUGCUGUAAGACUGGUUUGUGCUCAAGUCCUCUUUUUUCUGUGCAGCUCCAUUUUAAAUAUUUAAUUGGGGGUUCAUGUUUUCUAUGAUUGAGCCGAGCGUCAUCACAGUGACUCUUCUGCCAAAUGUGUACAACGCUACUGCGCAAGUGGUGGUUCCAGGAAGUGGAGGAAAUCGUGGAAAUACCAAGAGCAAUUUGGCUUUAAAUUCGUAUAAUGGUGGAAGGCGGAGCCAAGUUGUCCAUAGUAUAUACAGUCUAUGGUUUUACAAGAAAAACAAUCUGAAACCAAAAUGUAUGUUUCAAACAAACUUAAAUUGUUGUUUUAACAAUUGUACAAUCCCACACCAGUCUCAUAAACCCAAAAGUGUUCAUAUUCUGUUCAAAAUGAUCACACACACACAUUCCUGCAUCGUGUGUCUGAUCACUAAGCAUGGGCUGUAUAAAGGCAGUUACAGCAGAUAUCAAGGGGCUUCCAUAAGAAGAAAGCAGGGGUAUUUAGUCGUUACCAAAGUAAACUGUGAUCCAAAAAGGCUUGCAUCUGCAGCUCAGGUACAAAAAAAUCAUGCAAGGUGUUUUGUAGAUCUCACUAAAGACCCAUUGCCUUACUUUUAAUUUAUUGCCAUUGCACUCUUCUUUCUUUGUUAGAGGAAAAGCAUGUUUCUCUACGUUAUCCUCUGGAGCCUUUAUAAGGUGGAGGAUUUGACCUCACUCUGGGCAAGAAUCAUGCAGCUAGAGUAUCCACAUGUGUCCUUAGAUUUGUGUGGUUUCCUCAGAAGACAACCAAAGAUCUUUACUAACUGCCUGUAAUGCUGUUGUGUCAUGUUAAUGAUGGGGACAAUGUGUGGCACAUGAAUCCUGUUUUGACAUAUCUUUACGGUCAUUCUUUCAGCAAAACUAGGAAGCCAAAGUGUAUGAGCAAGUUUCAUUUUAAUGUUUAUUGAAUCAAAGAGCACAACAUUACUUUUCCUUCAAUUUUCUUCAAACAAGAAGCUUUGUUUUCUUUACGUAUACCGACAUGUUAAUUCAUCUUGUUCCUUUUGUUUUUCUAAUGCUCAAAGCAUGUACACCUGAUACUGAUAUGUUAAUUUAAAAUCUCAACUAUGUAUGUAAUAUCGUUAAUGCUUCCAUAUUGAGUGCUUGUACAGUAUGCGAAAAAUGUAGUUUUCAACCAUUUUAAUUAAAAAAAAAUACUUGUCUCA